AUAAUGUAAAAACGACAUGCCGACGUUUGUGAAAGUAAAGAAUACUUGAUUAAAUAUCAGGUUUUUGUAAAGCCUAAGGUCAUUUUGGUGACCUUAACACAGUGUUCAUUAUGGUCAAUCCAAAGAAGGGUGUUCCAACUGUGGAACAGAUUCAGUCUGAUGUCAUCACUCAGCUGGCAGAGCAGUUUUGGUCUCCACGUCUACAGGCAACUGGAACUGCUAGCAAAUUUAAACCAGUGGUGGUGGAAGAUAUUUACAAGAAAGAAAUUCUUCAGACAAAGUUUUCCACUAGAAGGGUGAUGAUGUUGGAAUUUAGCCAGUACCUAGAGAGUUACCUGUGGCCUAAUUAUAGAGAAGGACAGGCAACAUACUCUCACAUGUUAUCCAUUGUGUGUAUGAUCAAUGAGAAGUUUAGGGAGCGGGUGCCUGCUUGGGAGGUGUUUAAAUCUGCUCCGACCAGCUUUCCAGCUUUCUUCAGACAAGUAUUGAAAGCCAGUUUGGACGACAGCCUAUCCUUGCGGGAACACACUGUUCUGUUACGGUUCAUUGUUCACUGUUUCAACAGUUUGGAAGUUGACCUAAUCAGAGAACAAGUUCAGAGGCUGGUCUCACUUCCCAUUUGGGCAAACAUAUUACCAGCUAGGAGAGAUGAAAUCUUUAAAGCUCAUCCGAAAUAUAAGAAGUUUUGGAAUCUAAUCAAGAAAAAUGACAAAAAGCUGGAUGAAGUCGCUUUAAAAAAGCUCCAGUUUGAGAGGAGAUUCUUUGCUCAACUUAUUGACAAAUUUUUCAACAUCUUGAGUCAGAUCCCUGCUAAAGGAGAAGUGGGCUGGGACAAAGUGCACUACUGUGAGCGCUUCAUCGAACUGAUGACAGACCUGGAGGCACAGUUACCCACCCGCAGGUUCUUCAACAUCGUCAUGGACAACGCUCAUGUUGUCGUCAGAAGUCGCCUCUCCAAACUUUUCAAGAGGAAAGAAGGAAAACUGUUCAAAGAGUUACUGGAAAUGCUGCAGUUCUAUGCUGGCUUUGAGAUCAAUGAUCAGACAGGGGAGGCUCUAACUGACCAUGAGAUGACCGACAUUCACUAUGAUCGCAUCACCUCGCUACAGAAGGCAGCAUUCAAACAUUUUCCAGAGCUGUACAAGUUUUCCCUGUCUAAUGUGGCUAACAUAGAUACUAGAGAAUCGCUUACAAAGCAUUUUACCCCAUUAAGCAAUCGGAAGCUCCAUGAAAUUGCUGCCUAUCUGAACUUGUUACCCCACCCUGAGGAGGGAAAGGAUAAUGUGUAUGAGACAGACUUCCUUCUGGAGCUCCUGGUAUCUCGCCAUGAGCGUCGCCCUUCACAACUCCAGGCCCUUAACGAGAUGCCACUCUACCCCACAGAGCAGAUCAUUUGGGACGAAAACAUUGUCCCCACAGAGUACUACUCUGGAGAAGAUUGCCUGGCCUUACCCAAACUGAACCUUCAGUUUUUGACCCUCCAUGAUUAUUUGUUGAGAAACUUCAACCUAUUUCGUUUGGAAUCCACAUAUGAGAUCAGGCAGGAUGUGGAGGAUGCUAUCAGCAGGAUGAAGCCUUGGAGAGCGGAGGACGGGAACUGUAUAUUUGGAGGCUGGGCUCGUAUGGCUUUACCACUCACAGGAUUCAGUGUUGUGGAGGUGGCCAAGCCUAAUGUUGGCGAGAACCAUCCAGCCCGUGUCAGAGCUGAUGUCACCGUGACCCUUAACCUCCGGCCGGGCAUCAAGAAUGAGUGGGAAUCCAUGAGGAAGCAUGACGUGGCAUUUCUGAUCAGUCUGCGGCCUAGCACUCCCAUAGGCACUAACUACGACUACAGUAAACCCUUCAUCCCGCAGGUGGGGCUGGCCUAUGUGAGGGGCUGUGAGAUAGAGGGCAUGCUGGACGAGAAUGGCAAGGUCAUAGAGGAAGGCCCUGAUCCCAAACCUGAGCUGAAGGGAGAGAUUCGUACGUACAGAGUAUGGUUAGACCCUAACCAGUAUCAGCAGGACAUGACCAACACCGUCAAUGGGGCAGAGGAUGUUUAUGAGACAUUCAAUGUUAUCCUGAGACGUAAACCCAAGGAGAAUAAUUUCAAAGCUGUUUUGGAGACGAUUCGUGACCUGAUGAAUACAGAGUGUGUUGUCCCUGACUGGCUCCAUGACAUCAUCCUUGGUUACGGAGAUCCCGGUGCUGCACAUUAUUCCAAAAUGGAAGGUCAAAUCCACAAGCUGGACUGGAAUGACACUUUCCUGUCCAUAGACCACUUGGAAGCAAGUUUUCCUGAUUACAGGAUUAAACUUUUAGAAGAGGAGAGAAGGAAAAACAGGCCGCCAUUCAGACUGACUUUUCCGCCAAAUCGUCCCAAUUUGAAGAGGAAGGACAGUGAAGUAGACAGUGAGGAAGAGAAGUCUAUAGAAGUCGAACCUCACAUUAUACCUAACAGAGGACCGUACCCUUACAGUAGGCCUAAAGUGAACUCUAUCCUGUUUACCCCCACCCAGGUAGAGGCUAUAAGGGCAGGAAUGCAGCAUGGCCUCACCCUUGUGGUGGGACCCCCAGGGACAGGAAAGACAGAUGUGGCUGUACAGAUCAUCUCCAACAUUUACCACAACUUCCCAGAGCAAAGAACGUUGAUUGUUACCCAUUCUAACCAGGCUCUGAAUCAGCUGUUUGAGAAGAUCAUGGCCUUGGAUGUGGAUGAGCGACAUCUGCUGAGAAUGGGUCAUGGUGAGGAGGCCCUAGAAACUGAGAAAGAUUUCAGCAGAUACGGACGUGUGAAUUAUGUGUUAGCUCAGCGACUUGAGUUGUUACAGGAAGUGGCAAGGCUUCAAAGCAGUCUGGGAGUACAAGGAGAUGUCUCAUACACAUGCGAGACAGCUGGACAUUUUUACCUGUAUCAGGUAUUUUCUAGAUGGGAGGAAUUCAUCAGCAAAGUCAAAGUAAAGCCAGGAGAGGUUGUUGAUGUGAAGACGGUGAAGGAGUUGUUUCCCUUUACAAAGUUCUUUGAGACUGCUCCACAACCAUUGUUUAAAGGGAAAUCCUAUGAGGAAGAUCUGGACACAGCUGAAGGAUGCUUCAGACACAUCAAAAGGAUAUUCACACAGCUUGAGGAGUUUCGUGCAUUUGAACUGCUACGUAGCGGUGCUGAUCGCUCCAAGUACCUGCUGAUCAAGGAGGCAAAGAUCAUUGCCAUGACCUGUACCCAUGCUGCUCUGAAGAGGAGAGACCUGGUCGAGGCAGGAUUCAAGUAUGACAACAUCUUAAUGGAGGAAUCUGCGCAGAUCCUGGAGAUUGAAACUUUCAUUCCUUUGCUUCUACAGAACCCCGAGGAUGGCUUUAGUCGUCUGAAACGCUGGAUCAUGAUUGGAGAUCACCACCAACUGCCACCUGUCAUCAAAAACAUGGCUUUUCAGAAGUUCUCCAACAUGGAGCAGUCUCUGUUCACACGCUGUGUGCGCCUGGGGGUGCCCACCGUUGAUCUGGACGCUCAAGGAAGAGCCCGCAGCAGUUUGGCUAACCUGUACAACUGGCGGUACAAGCGGCUGGGCAAUCUGCCUCACGUCAUGCUCUGGCCGGAGUUCCAGCUGGCCAAUCCAGGCUUUGCUCAUGACUUCCAGUUGAUUGAUGUCCAGGACUUCAACGGUGUAGGGGAGAGUGAACCUAACCCUUACUUCUAUCAGAACUUAGCAGAAGCUGAGUAUGUUGUGGGCGUGUUUAUGUACAUGAGACUUCUUGGCUACCCCGCUGAGAAGAUCUCCAUCCUGACAACGUAUAACGGCCAGAAGCAUCUUAUACGAGACGUCAUCGCACAGAGGUGUGGCUACAAUCCGUUCAUUGGUCGACCCAGUAAGGUUACAACUGUGGACAGGUAUCAGGGUCAGCAGAAUGACUACAUCCUCUUGUCAUUGGUCAGAACCAGGGCUGUGGGACAUCUCAGAGAUGUAAGGAGGUUGAUAGUCGCCAUGUCCAGAGCUCGUCUUGGACUCUACAUCUUCGCCAGAGUUAGUCUAUUCCAGAACUGCUUUGAGUUGACACCAGCAUUUAAUCAGCUCGUCACGCGACCACUCAAGCUGUGUCUGCUGCCAAAUGAGGUCUAUCCACCUGUGAGAAAGGUUGAUGACACGCGGCACAUGCGCCCCCUGGUGGUAGAGGAUAUGCCACACAUGGCUCAGUUUGUGUAUGAGAUGUAUCAGAGGCAGCUCCACACUAUGAUGACAACACGAGGAUUUGACCGACCAUUUUACCUGAAGCAACCUCCAGUAGAGCAGCUGACCAUGCCAGGGGAUCAGACUGAGGUACCUAUGGAGAUCACCCCCAAGCCUGCCCCACCAAAGAAAGCUUACACUGUGACGGUCACAGAAGUAGGUGCUGGGGACACCAGUAAGGAGCCUGGAUCAGGGGAGGUAACUCCGGAUGCAGGGACACUGAAAAUGGAACGGCAUCCUGGUGCUUCUGAUACCGAGGAUGAGGAUUCUGGGAAAGAGGACGAAGACAGCAAAAUGGAGGGAGUGGAAGAUGGUGCUGAGGGAAGUAAUCAGGUCAAAGGAGAACCUGAGAAUGCUUGACAAAAAAGUGUGGCAAAGAUGAUGUACUGCUGAAUACCAAGUAUUUUGAAGAAAAUUUUGUUUCACAGAUUUCAUUGUGCAAGGAGAGUGUAGAAAGUUGCAUUUUUGUGUCUUCAGGUAGAACUAGCCUGAUAUGACAUUUACACUGAUCACUUGGAUGUUUCAGAGAACAUACAUAUUACUAACAAAGGUAAAACCAGCCUCUUUUUCAUACAUUUGUGUAAAUGGACUUGAAAUUUCCCAAGCUCAUGUUCAUCAUUAUGUAUAUCGUGAUUCAUUCUUUGUUGUGUAUAUAAUUAAACAUAAUAAAAAGGUAUUACAUAUAAAAACUGA